AUGGAGGGUGUAAACCACACCAAAGUGACAGAGUUCAUCAUUUUGGGGUUAACAGAGGAUCCAACUUUGUGUGUUUUCUUCUUUGUUGUAUUUCUGGGAAUAUAUGUUGUCACCUUACUAGGCAAUAUCAGCAUCAUCACUUUAAUAAGAAGUUGUCCCCAGCUCCACACCCCCAUGUACCUAUUCCUUAGUCAUCUGGCUUUUGUAGACAUUGGUUAUUCCACAUCAGUCACACCUAUUAUGCUAAUAGGAUUUGUUUCACCUAGAAUGGCUCUCCCUGUGGCUGCCUGUGAAACUCAACUCUGUUCUGUGGUGACAUUUGGGACAGCCGAGUGCUUUCUUCUGGCAGCUAUGGCCUAUGAUCGUUAUGUGGCCAUCUGUUCUCCCCUGCUCUAUUCCACACAUAUGUCCCCCGAAGUCUGUUUUCUCUUAGUUGGGGCUUCCUAUGCUGGUGGUUGUGUGAAUGCUUGGACAUUUACUAGUUGUUUAUUGAGUCUGUCCUUCUGUGGGCCAAAUCAGGUAGAUCAUUUUUUCUGUGACUUCUCCCCUUUGUUGAAACUUUCCUGUUCAGAUGUCACCAUUAUUGAAAUAAUUCCCUCCAUCUCUUCUGGCUCCAUCAUUGUGGUUACAGUGAUUGUUAUAGCUGUCUCCUACAUCUACAUCCUCAUCACCAUCCUGAAGAUGCGCUCUACUGAGGGCCGCCACAAGGCCUUCUCCACCUGCACCUCCCACCUCACUGCGGUCACUCUCUAUUAUGGAACCAUCACAUUCAUUUAUGUGAUGCCCAAGUCCAGCUACUCAACUCAACAGAACAGGGUGGUGUCCCUCUUCUACACAGUGGUGAUCCCCAUGUUGAACCCUCUUAUCUAUAGUCUGAGGAAUAGAGAUGUAAAAGAGGCCUUAAGAAAGGCAACUGUGAAAAUGUAUUCAUAG